UCGCGUGCACGUUCUGACUGUAGCGUUAAGCCAAGGCUGUGGGUUCACACAACAUUGAUUGUGGGAAUGGUUGUAGGUCACUUGCUUGCCUAUGCUACAGCUGUCGAGUCGUGCAGUCGCUGACUGUCUUGGCUAAGUGGAUUCAUUCUCGUCGUCUGCUCGCCUCAUAACUGUCGUCUGCUUCAACCGGUCUCGGACAUAUUCGAACAAAUCAUAACAGCUUCGUGGAAAGCAGGAAGGGAACAAUCCUGGUAGUUUGUAGAUUCCGUCACUGAAAACCAUGGAUAAACGUGUCGUGACGUCACUGACGUUGUUCCUCCUUCUGACGGAAGUGACGUCAGAAGAACCGGCCCGUGACCUCCUGAACCAAUCACAACCGCUUCUUGCACACUUCCCAGGACGGGCAGCAACCACGGUGACGGCAGGCAACGUUGCCAUCACCCAUCUGUACAGCACAACAUCGACAAUGGGAAUUAAAUGGAAUUUCCAGGGCUACACACCAAACGGUACAAUUGAGGCCAUCUUUGUUGGCUGGGAUCUCAACUACGGACGUUUUGUUUCCAAUAAACUUCACCUCGAAGAAGAGUUCGAAUUUACCCACCUUCAAUCAGACACAACAUAUCUAGUGUGCGUUGAGAUACUAGAACUCUUGAAUGGGAAUACGAUAUCUCACGUCCAGUGCACCAAACUAAGCACCAUUGCGAAUAUGCGAGUGGAUAGCAUAGUGGUGCUUCUGCUAGUGCUAGGGUACUUCAUCCUAAUGCCUGUGGUCGGAUGUUUAUUAUGGAGGAGGAAACUGGUCCAGCUGGGUGGAGGGGGUUCUAGUUUACACACACUGGGGUCCAAUUACGGCCACGACAAGAAGGUGAUGAGGUGGAAGGACAUCGAGGAGACGAUGAUGCUCAACCCUGCUGCUGAAGCUUAACCUGGUCGUCAUUCAACGUGAAUCGUCCAACUCUAUGCAAACUGUAUCGAAUCACUCCAUCCCCCGCGGCAUUGAGCAUCAUGAUCUGCAUUAAGGACCAUCGGCGUUCAUCGGGAAAUGUGCAUUUUAGGUCAGGAAUCGAUUCCUGCUUCGGAGGUUUCUGAGAUCAUUCAUCAUUUUGUCUAGAAUAUAAUGCCUUAUAAGGUCUUAUGACGUCAGACGCUUCUUGUACCAUCCGCUGGUUAUGUAACCUUGUUCCUUCAAGAAUGCCAAACUGUAAUGUCGAUAUCCACUACAAGACUUACCAACUCUUGAUGAGUGCAGCCGAAUGACGUGUAUGGUUUACUUAAUUUAUGCGUAUGAUGUUCAGAUUUACAUGUGUAAAUUACAGGCAUGUGUCGGCCAAACCGCUCAAUUUCGCUGUACAGAGUUGCGUCCCUUUAUAAUGCCAGGUUCUGGUGAUGGUAGGUUCGAGUCCAAAAUUUGCCUUAAUUUUGGCGGGGUCAUCAAAGUGGUCAAGGCGAGCGUCACGUUGACUUUUACGACAUAAAUCUAGCAUACCGUGAUAUAUCUCAAAGAUGUGUUAAACCGAACUCAUGAACAUGUGUGCUGAAGGUCAGCUUUACCAAGUAACGUGGCCGAACACAUCUAAGUCUAGAUUCAUGGUAUUAUUAUUGCUGUUCUUAUUGGUAUUCUAUGUUCUAACAUUGAGUAAUAACAGGAUCUCUUGAAUUAG